AUGAUCGACAGAUACACCCGCUGGCCAGAAGCAGCUCCAAUGCCAGAUAUGUCUGCCGAGUCCGUUGCGAAAGCGUUUAUAUGCAACUGGGUUUCGAGAUUUGGUGUUCCAGCACGUAUUUCGUCGGACCAGGGCCGACAAUUCGAUUCCGCAGUAUUCGCCGAGUUAAUGAAAGCAAUUGGCGCAACCCACCUUCGGACCUCACCAUACCAUCCGCAGUCAAACGGCAUAAUUGAAAGAUGGCAUCGAAGCUUCAAGACUGCUAUUUUAUGCCACGAUCCAUCAAGGUGGGUACAUCAUUUGCCAACAAUUUUGCUCGGCCUCCGCGUGGCUUAUAAACCUGAUAUACACGCAUGCCCCGCCAUGCUCGUUUACGGUUCUGCGUUACGGAUUCCCGGCGAAUUUUUCCAGGAAACAGGUCCAAAAGAAGUGACGCAAGAGACGGUAUCUCAGUUUCGGGCGGCCAUGCAGAAACUGCGUCCUACACAGACAGCGCAUCAUUCGACUCCCAGAGUGUUUGUGUCUCCUGCACUUAAUUCGGCUUCUCAGGUAUUCGUGCGGAAUGAUUCGAUCCGUCCAUCACUCACACAUCCGUAUGACGGACCGUAUCCCGUCGUAAAGCGAUCACCAAAAUUUUUUAAACUCCUCAUACGAGGGAAACACACUAAUAUAAGCAUCGAUCGGCUCAAACCCGCAUUCUUCGCCAAUGACGAUUAUGAAGGUCCAGGCCACACCACACAUCAAGAGAAAUCUUCGCUUGCACCGGAUCCUAUAACGACGAAAUCUACCCGCAGUGGGAGGCAUAUAUACAUUCCUCUUCGAUAUAGGUAG